GACCGUCAUGACCGACGGCGUUGGUUCAGAUUUUCAGACAUUUAUCGAGUAUGGACCUAGAAAAUCAGUUUCACGGCUGUGGCGGGAACGGGGAGGAUAAUAAAAAUUGUCGUUAAGACAACUGUCUAAUUGUGGAGCUCAGAUUUCUUUCACACACUAAACGCAAACAAUCGCUAAAAUCUCCUCUGGGAAUAAUUUCUGUCAGCUUAUCCCCAAUUGAAACCCUAAUUUCCCCAAGAUGUCUUUCCUCGAUGAAUUCCAAGCCAGUACAGAUCUGGAAUCACUGCCCAUUAUUCUGCAGAAGAAGUAUGCCUUGUUACGUGAUCUAGAUAAAAGUUUGCGGGAAAUCCAAAGGCAAAAUGAACAACUUUGUGAACAAGAAAUAAAGGAUAUUCAGCGAGGAGUUAAGGCUGGAAAUAUUACAGCUGAUACCUUACUUAUCAGAUUCUCUGAUGAGGCACUUGAUGAGCAAAAGCAUAGCAUCAGAAUUGCUGAUGAAAAGGUUGCAUUGGCUGUCCAAGCAUAUGAUUUGGUAGAUGCACACAUACAACAACUUGAUCAAUAUUUAAAAAAGUUUGAUGAAGAACUUAGUCGUGAAAGAGAGAGCGUUGCAGCAACUACAUUGCCUGGUUCAAGUCUUGAUGGCAGUGCUAAAUCCGGAAGGGGUAGUGGGGGUGGUAGAGGAGGGCACAAAAAAACACACCUGGCUGCAGCAGCAGCAACAACAGCAGCAACUUCUGCAAAUUCCACUGGUAUAGAAUUAGAUUGUCCAGUGGACCCAAAUGAACCAACCUACUGUUUCUGCCAGCAAGUUAGCUAUGGGGAGAUGGUAGCUUGUGAUAACCCUCAUUGCACCAUAGAAUGGUUCCAUUUUGGCUGUGUUGGGCUGAAAGAACAACCGAAAGGAAAAUGGUAUUGUUCAGAUUGUGCUUCUUUGAAAAAUCGCCGGAAAGGUAGAUGAGGAAUUUCGUUUUGUUGAUUUUCAAUGCUGUUUUCCAACGGAAGUCGCAAUUUAUGAAGGCUGUCAGAACCAGCUUUUGUAGAACUCACAAUGUAUUAUCUCUUUACACACACUAGUGCAAGUUUGAGAUUGCACACACGUGUUUGUCAUAAUUAGUAGUUUGGUACUCGUAUUCUUUGCAGUUUCCUAUAAUGAAGUUUGAUUUGUCAAGUGGCAAGAAUUGAAGAGGAUUCUUGACGCUUCUUUCAUGGUCAUGUUGGAACAUUGUUGACCUGGGUGAAUGCUAUAUCUACCGAGUAUUUAAGUCUGGUCGACAA